AUGAAAAGUUCAGCAAAGAGUUCAUCUAAUUAUCAAAAGUUAGCAUUGAUUAUUGGUAAUGGAAAUUACCGUCGAUCGAAAAAUCAACUAAGUCAAUCGAUCAUCAAUGCUGUGGAGCUGUCAACUAUUCUCAAAAGAAUGAAUUUUAAUAUUACACUAUACAUUGAUGUACGUACGAGCGAAGAACUAUCUGAAAAUGUUAAAAAAUUCGCUCACAACAUCAAAGAUAAUGACUUAGUUGUGUUCUACUAUUCUGGUCAUGCCAAUCAAGUGAACAACCAAAAUUAUUUAAUACCUAUUUAUGAUGAUAGAAUAGACUGUUGUAAACCGUUUUGGCGAAUUGGCAAAUCAGAAUCACAUGGUGUAGAUGGAGGUAGAGGUCUACAUGAAAUUCAACCAAUUGAAAGAGCAUUGAUUCAGUUAUCCUGCGCUGCUAAUAAAACAUCUCGUGAUGAUUUGUUUAGUAAAAAAUUACUAAAACAUGUCGCUAAAGAAAAUAUCGAUGUUCGAGAUCUUUUCCAACUCAUAACGAACGAUGUGUUAACACAAAGCAAUCAAAUGCAGGAGCCGUUAACUAUAAAUGGAAUAAGACAACAUGAACCAGUCUACCUCAACAAAGUGAUGAUAAACACAAAUAGUAGUGUUAGAAUACCCAAUAUUGCGUACAAUUCGAAAUGGAAAUAUACCGCUCUUCUUAUUGCCGGUGGUAAGAACUAUAAAUCUACAACGAAUGAACUUUAUUGUCCUCGAGGUCUUUGUAUGAGUCGCGAUAAUCAAGCUAUCGUCAUUGCUGAUACUUUGAAUCAUCGUAUUAUGCUAAUAAACCGAAGGACAAAAAGUUUGCAAAUAUUAGUUGAUAAAAAUCGAAAUGGAUAUAGAUAUGAUUCAUUGUCUGAACCUUCAAAUGUAAUUUGUGACACGGAAUCAAAACAGCUUAUUAUUUCUGAUUAUAAGAAUCGACGAGUAUUACGAUGGUCUCCUAGAAACAGUGCUGAAUUACAGAUAAUCAAAGACAAUAUCGAAUGUCGUGGAUUGGCUAUGGAUAACGAAGGAUCACUUUACAUUUCAGAUACAAAAAGACAUGAGGUGAGACGAUAUCACAAUAGUGAUAGAGAAGGAACUGUAGUUGCCGGUGGCAAUGGACAAGGUAGUGAUCUCAAUCAACUCAAUCAUCCCACGUACAUUUUUGUUGAUCGAGAUCAAUCUGUGUAUGUAUCAGAUUCUUGGAAUGAUCGUGUAAUGAAAUGGGAGAAAGAUAUGGAAGACGGUAUUGUCGUAGCUGGCAACACUGACAUCGGAAAUAAUCUCACACAAUUGAAUUGUCCAGCAGGAAUAGUCGUCGAUCAGCUCGGUACAGUCUAUGUAGCCGACCAUUGGAAUAAUCGAGUGAUGCGAUGGUACAAUGGCGCGUCACAUGGGGAUGUUAUUGUUGGUAAUUCACACGGUUUGGGUAACACUGUAAAACUAUUGAAUGGUCCAGAAGGCUUGGCAUUCGAUGGUGAUGGUAAUCUUCUUAUAGCAGACUCUUAUAAUCAUCGAGUCCUACAAUUUGAUAUUCGAAUGACUUAA